CGACCCAAGAUGCUUGCCGACACGCAUUGGACAUGUAUCGUGUUCUAGAGGCAAAGGGUGAGUUGCGCCUCAAUGAUUUCCUAUAUGACAACGUUGACUGCGGUCGGCUGUGGGAGUUGGGUGGCCAGCAAGGCAGGAGGAGAACGCCAGUCGCCCAGGAUGAUGCAAGGAGGGAUCCUCGAUGGGGUUGGGUGCCAUCUGCAGUCCCAUUUGGAUAUGGCCGUGUCAACAUGCAAGUGCGUGAUAUCAUGGGCAAUGUGUGGAGCGCGCAUUAUGUGAAUGGCAUGUUUUCGUUCCGUCAUUUCGACAGAGAAGCAACUGUAGAGGAAAAGGAAGCGAUGAGAUGCAGGCCACGCGAUGCACGCAUUUCUGACCCGCCACUCGGCAAUCCUGUCGAGUUGGCCCUCGCUGAAGGGAAGGUGUUUACUGCAAUGCGGAAGGAUGUCGUCGCAGCCAGUAACAUUGCGGCGCAUGUGAUUCAAGAAGGGCAGUUGUACCAGCAUGUGGCCCGUGACAUGUACGGGUACCAUGUCAACUGGGUACCUGGUUCUUUGCAUCCAACAAUUGUUGAUGGCAAAGUGACACUGGCAGCAAGGAUGCAAUCCGGGAGGGCAGAGAAGAAGAAGAAGCAGUGCACGUCAAGGCUGCCUCGUCAUCCCAGGAGUCCCACAAAAGCAAAAGGCAAAGAAAACGUUGUCCCACGGAGAAGCGAGACUCCCAAAGCAGCCGUUGCCCCAUCUCCUAAGCGCAGACGCCGCCCGGGGAUGGCAGCAUUGGCAGAGAUUCGGCAACUCCAACGAUCUACUAACUUGUGCAUCGCUUUGAGGCCAUUUAUGAGGGUAGUGGGCGAGAUCGUCGAAACAGAUAUCGCACCGGGGGAGUCUAUGAGGUUUCAGAUGAGCGUCAUAUCUGCGUUGAUGGAAGCGGCGGAAGCAUAUCUCAUCAACCAUUUCGAGAGAACGAACAUCAUUGUUAUCCACUGCAAGAGGGUGACGAUCCAGCUGAAGGACCUGAGGCUGGUUGAUAACUUGUCCAAGGCUCGCUGGGAAUACAGAUACCAAGGCAUUACCGACGAGCAGAAGAGAGCAGAAAAGCUACGACAGAUGAAUGCUGCAAGGCAAGAGGAGAGAGAUGCGCGGGCGGGGAAGGGUCUGUCAGGGAAGACAGCAGCAGCACGCAAAGGCGGUGACACUCCAGCGGCGUCAUCGAAGAGGAAAGGAGCCCCGCGUAAAGGCAAUGCAGCAAAGAAAAGCACGAGAUAAGAACACAGUAAAGACUGCAGUGAGAC